CGAGUACUUAAUCAACGUCGUUUCCUCUUCAUCAGUACAACAACUUGUACCGGAAGCCUCAUAUUCCCUUCGCCACAAAUCGGCGAUCCAGCAUCGAGACACAUACAGCGCUCUAUACAGCUCAAGAUCUCGCCUUCCUAUACCGAUCAGUCGAACAUGGCUUCUCUCUUCCCGUCGAGUCAAAUCCCUCUUCUCCUGGAAGAACGCCAGAUCAAUAUCGCUCAGCAGCAGGCCUGGGAGGAUGUAGAGGCUGGGUGGCGUGCCCGUGAGGCUGCUAGGCUUGCAGACAGACGCUCGAAGAUGCUGCGAGCAAAAGGUCUUUCGUACCUUCAAGCAUCGCCAAAGGCUGCAGUAGCUACGACCUUGCUUGACGAUGAAACUCGUCCAGCAGCAUCGAUGGAAGCAUUUGAUGACCAGGGUCUUUGGAAAACAAUCAUGACUGCCUUCUACGCUUUCGCCUGCGCGGCUCUCACGCUGCUCAUGGGUCACAAGGCUUCCAACGAUAGGUUCCCUCGAGCCACAUCGUCUUCGAAGACGGUGCUCCGGCGAGACGAUGCUGCUCGACUGAAACACCCGCGAGUUCAUCCGAGCACGGCCGGCGGUAUACAUCCAGCCCUUUUCAAUGCAGUUCUUCACUCAGCCCCGAAGCGUGCUAUUGGAUUCCUGGACUUACCAGCCGAAAUUCGAAAUCAAAUAUACACCACAUCCAUCGCCGGAAUGCCCAGUAACAUCAAGCUGGACUGGUUCGAGCCCAUCGCGCCGAGCAUCGCACAUACCUGCCGACAAAUUCGACACGAGUAUCUCAGCCUCUACUUCGAGAAUAAAACAAUCAUUGUCAACAUGAGAGACGAGGUCAGGCUCUACCAUCUGCAUAGGUGGCUCGGGACUGUGAAGUACACUCCUGGCGCAAGGAAAAGCUUCAGAUUGUUCAAGUUGCAAUACUCUCAGAGCCCCGUCGAAGAUUAUUUCAACACGCACCCACCGUCCCGUGGACCUCAGCAUCUCGAGUUGGCAAUGAUGGUUCAAAGUAUGGCAGAACUUGGGCUUUCAAGGGAUAAAGUGGAGUUCUCCAUUGACAAGAAGGCUCACGUCUCUCCGCAAGAGCGAUUGACGUAUCUCCGUCGUUCAGUGCUGACUUUGGAACGAGCGUAUAGAAUCGUCAACAGUUAGAAUUCUCAAUUCAGUCUAUUCCUGGCGUCCAUGUAUUUCUUCUCCACUGUCGUAAAUGCUUCCUAGUGCAUCCUUAUAUUCACUAGCGUGCCUCAAGCAUCUUGCCUCCUCAAUGCUCUGAUGCUUGUUCGAUCUGAAUGCUGGUCGCUCUGUGCAUCUUCGACCCAUCUCUCAUCGUAAUUGAUCGCGACGAUACUUAUUCUUCUUUUCCGCGUCCUUCUGCUCACAAUAUGGAU